CUGGCGCAACAGGCAAAUACAAGUCAUUUCAUUCUCUACGCUGCUCUGCAUAACAGCUCGCCACUGUGCGCCGCAACGAGCUAUCAUCAUAAGCGUAAAACGGUCACUGAAAUGAAUAAAUAUUUUAAUACAUUUGCACUCGUCGCUUGCGUUACAAUUGCCACACCGUCACUGAGUCAAUUACUGGAAGCACAACCGAUCGACAGCAGUCCCACAGCAGCACCACUCGGCUGUCAUCAGCGGCUCUAUACAUACCGCAUCACACAAGCGGACGCACUGGGUCGUGAGUGUUGGGAUUAUGUGAGCGUACGUUCCUGUUGGGGUCGUUGCGACUCCAGUGAGAUUUCCGAUUGGAAAUUCCCAUACAAACGCUCUUUUCAUCCCGUUUGUGUACAUGCUACACGCCAACCGGCUGUAGCAGUGUUGCGGAAUUGCCAUCCGGAAGCCGAUGAGGAAACGCGUCGUUAUGAGUAUAUGGAGGCUGGUAGUUGUCAUUGUCAUACAUGUUCUACUUUGGAUACCAGUUGCGAAGCGCCGGUGAACAAUAUAAUCGAUGAGAAGUCCGGCAUGAAGGUGUUAGCUUUAACUGGUUCGGAUUCAGAUGUUUUAGAUUAUUAAAUUUAAGCAAAGAAUCAAUUGUUGAUUAGUCAGAUCAAUGAUUGGCAGAUUUCCGUUUUUCGGUUUUACAUAAUGCCUUAUAUUAUUAAAUUAUAUAAAUAUCAAUUUACUAUAAGCUUGUUACUAUCGGUUGCUGUCUGUAAUAAAUUGAGGGCAGCAAUGUAGAACUUUUAAAAACAAAAUAUAUACAAUGAAAAAAAAACACUACAUUUUAAAGUGACUGGAUGCAACAGUAAACAUUUCGGAUGCCUUCAGAUUAUGCAACUAAAUUUAAACGUCUGUAUUAACCGCUUAUUUUAUAAUCAUUACUAUGGAAAAACAUAGGGGCAGCGUUGCAGGGCGUUAAUAAUUAAUACAUAUAUGGUAUAUGGUAUAUAAUAUGUAAAUAUAAAUAGUAUAUAGUAAACAUUGUGUAUUAGCAAAUAAAACUUGAGAAGUUUUCAAAAU